UUGUGCAAGAGAAGAGCUCUGUACCACAAUGAUCGGAAGACUGGCUGCUUUGAUUCUUCUAAGUACAUUGUCCCUGAUUCAAACUUCAGAAUUGCCUCAUCAGAUCUCUUCGACUAUGGUUGAACUUGGAGAAAACGUGUAUCUGACAUGUUCAGUCUCUGGGAUUGAAGCCGGGUUGUUUUACUGGUAUAAGCUGAAUUUUGGACAAAUGGUCCAAACAGUUGCAGCAGGAACUUUUGACAAAAUAACACUUAAAGAACCAUUUACCAACUCAAGAUUCACAGUAACAACUGUGAAUGGUCAGCAUGUUCUCAACAUCACAAAUGUAAGCAAACAAGAUGAAGCAACCUACUUGUGUCAAGCAGGAUCGGCAUACCAAAUGGAAUUUAUUAACACCACACUUUUGGCUGUGAAUGAUCAUAAAAACCUGCAGAAAUCUUUCUACGUGAAACAAAGUCCGGAGACUGAGUCGGUCCAGCCGGGCGACUCGGUGACUCUCCAGUGUUCCCUUCUCUCCAAGACAAAAGGAAACACAGAUCAGUGUCCAGGUGAACACAGUGUGUACUGGUUCAGAUCUGGAUCAGGAGAAUCUCAUCCAGGCAUCAUUUACACUCACAGUGAUGAAGGAGAGGAAAGAAGUUGUGUCUACAGUCUGUCCAAAACUAUACAGAACUCCUCUGAUACUGGGACUUACUACUGUGCUGUGGUGACGUGUGGAGAGAUCCUGUUUGGUGAAGGAACUAAAGUGGAGACAAGACAAGAACUGUGUCCAUUCGUCAUUGUGCUUGGAACGAUGCUGGCUGGCUGUGUAAUUGUGAUUGCUGCUCUAAUUAUCUUCAGAAAGCAAAAGCCAAUUUGUGAACAUUGCAAAGGAGAAGCUUCCAAUCAUGCUCAAUAUGAGGAUCAACCAGGAAAUGUGGAUUUUGAAUCGGCAGCACUGAACUACGUAGCACUGGAUUUCCCCUCAAGAAAUGCUAAAAGAUGGAAGAACACCAGGGAGGUACCACAAGACUGUCUGUACUCUGGCACAGCAGACUUUCAGUGAAGUACUGUGACCAAAUGAUUUUCAUGCAGCUUUGAUUUGUGUUUAGGUGUAUGAGAUGAGAAGAGACAUUUUUGCAUUAAUUAUAUUGUUAAUAGUUUAAUCAGUGAGAUUUGUUAAGGAUAGAGACAGCACUUAUGCUUUGUGAUGUUGCCUCGAUGAACCAACAUUUUUCAUUAUUAUCAUUAUUCUUAAUAUUUUGUUUGUUUUAUUAUUGUUAUUGCUUGUGAGGUUAAUCUUGAAUAACCACUCAAAA